AUGCUGAUAGCGGAUACAACAGGUAGUAGAGUGCCACUGUGCGCUAACGUGAAAGAAAUACUCAGACACAUUGUGUUCUUCAGGACGGCAGCUCCUGAUUCAUCCCAUGGUCUUUCAGGGGACUCCGUCCACCUGCAGAAAGAAAAAGUAUCAGCAGAAAGGAUGUUGGUUGGAUGCCUAACAAAUUAUCAGGGGUCGGUGAGCUUUGAGGAUGUGACUCUGGACUUCACCCAAGAGGAGUGGACUUCACUAAACCCAGCUCAGAGAACCCUCUACAGAGACGUGAUGCUGGAGAACUACCAGAACAUGGCCACCCUGGGGUAUCAGCUCACCAAACCCAGGUUGAUCUCUUGGUUGGAACAAGAAGAGUUUAGUACAGACCAGCAGAUAGUUUUCCCAGAAUGGAAAAUGCAGCUUGAAACCAAAGGUUCAGCAUUCCAGCAGGACUUUUUGAGCAGUGGCAUGCCCAAUGGCAUGCAGACGCAGGCAGGAAGCCAGAGAGGAAAGGAGCUCUGGGACUGGCAGCAAUAUGGAGACCCCAGUGAACUCUCACCCCUUACGACGCAUAAGAAAUCUCAAGGUACACAGGAUAAUUAUGACUGUAGUUUGUCCAGAAAAGACUUUCUAAUGCUUCAGAAGGAAAAGUGUGCCAGUGAGAAACUUUCUGAGUUCCACCAGAGUGAAGAAACCUGUGUGACCCCAGUUAAAGUUUAUCAGAGAGCUGCCCCGCAAGAGCAGUCUUUUGAAUGCAGUGACUGCGGGGAGUCCUUUAUUACCCCGUCACACCUUCAGACACACAGGAGAACUCACGGUGCAGACAAACUUUAUGAAUGUAAUGAAUAUGGGAGAAACUUUCUAAACUCAAGGCUUGCUGUGCUUAUAGAAACCCUCAAUGCAAAGAAGCCUUACAGAUGUAAGGAGUGUGGGAAAGGCUACAGAUACCCUGCAUAUCUAAAUAUCCACAUGCGGACCCACACUGGAGAGAAGCCCUAUGAGUGUAAGGAGUGUGGGAAAGCCUUCAAUUAUUCCAAUUCAUUUCAGAUACAUGGUAGAACUCACACUGGAGAGAAGCCGUAUGUGUGCAGUCAGUGUGGGAAAGCCUUCACUCAGUACUCAGGCCUCAGUAUACACGUAAGGUCUCACAACGGAGACAAGCCCUACGAGUGCAAGGAAUGCGGGAAAGCCUUCCUGACGUCCUCACGACUUAUUCAGCACAUCAGAACUCACACAGGAGAAAAGCCUUUUGUGUGUAUCAAAUGUGGGAAAGCCUUUGCUAUUUCUUCAAAUCUUAACGGACAUUUGAAAAUGCAUGCUGAAGAGAAGACCUGUGAGUGCAAGAUUUGUGGGAAAGCAUUUGGAUACCCUUCGUGUCUUAAUAAUCACAUGAGAACUCACAAUGCCAAAAAAUCGUACACGUGUAAGGAAUGUGGGAAGGCCUUUAACUACUCCACCCACCUUAAGAUCCACAUGCGAGUCCACACUGGAGAAAAGCCGUAUGCGUGUCAACAGUGUGGGAAAGCCUUCAGUCAUGCCACUUCAUUUCAGAUACACGAAAGAACCCACACUGGCGAGAAGCCCUAUGAGUGUAAGGAGUGUGGGAAAGCCUUCAUCUGCCCCAGCUCCUUCAGAAUUCAUGAAAUAAGUCACACUCAUACUGAAGAAAAGCCCUACAAGUGUCAGCAGUGUGGAAAAGCCUACAGUCACCCUCGCUCGCUUCGAAGACAUGAAAGAGCUCACUAGGAGAAGCCUAGCUGCCGCGAGCCAUGUGAGAACGCCCUUGUUUGCGUCUAGUUUACGUUGAAGACAUGAUGGUACUCACACUGGAGAGAAACUAUUAAAAUUAUAUGCAUGGCUUGGAGCAGUGCUGUAUUGCCGUUCUGGGCAACACAAAUGCUCCACGUUAGAAAGAUUUUUAAAUGGACGCUGGCAAGAUGCUCACUGGGUAAAAGCACCUGACGUGAAUGUCUGGCCACUUGAAUUUGAUCCACGUCCAUGUAAGCCAGGCAGGUGUA